GCUUCUUUGUGUUUCAUUUUUCAUUCCCCCCCACCCCCCCAAUGUUUUGCAUAUAUUACUAUUUUUGGUUUAGUCAUUUUGGGCUACCGUUAUGGCACUAGGGCGAAUGAAACCACAUUUUGAUUGUUGUACUUUUGUCUUCCAGCAGGUGAGACUGGUAGACCAGGUGCGCUAUUCAGUGCUGUCGACACACCCAAAGCAAAAAAAAAAAAAAGAAAACUGCAACUCCACUGUGCGUCACUCAGGGCGCGGUCUGGCCAAGGUGCGCCAGCCCUCAUGCAGCUUCCUCCCUCAGUCCCUCGCCUGCCUACCUGCCCUGCCCGACUCGACUCCUUCCUCCCCCUUGUCGCGAGAGCCUCGGAACCUCGGUCGCGAUGGCCGGCGCCCUGCCGCUCAAAUCGGCCCUGUCCGUCGCCGCGGUGGACGACACCUCUUUGGCCCUGCCCUCGAGCCACCAGCGGCACCGCUCCGGAGAGCAGCGUGUCCUGGAGCAGGUGCAGAGCCUGCAGAGGACCAGGUCCAGGCACUCUAGCAGCAGCAGGACUGGCUCGACCUCUUUGACUCCCACCAGCCCUUUGAAUGACGUAGUUUACGAGUCCAGCGCCUCUAAUGAAAAUGUGUUCUUUGGAAAUGGUUACCCAAAAACUCUCCCUCUCGAGAAAAGCAUCAACCGCCAGUCAUUCAACAGCACGGCGAGCGCCGCGGCCAAGACCACCAACACCAUCGGGCGUCGCUACGAGUACGGCUACACCCCCGUCGGCUGGGCGGCCCCCAACCGCGACGAGGCCGACCGGGGCCGGCGGCGCUCCCUGGUCGAACGCCGCCAGCCUCCGCAGAGGUUCCUCUCCAACCGCAGCACCUACAGGACGGAGAUGCUCAGCAGUAGUAACAACUUCACGGGCAACACUCAACACUUUGUCAGCAGGCCGCUUGACAUCAGUAAAACGCAAUCCAAGCCUUUGUCUGUGGACAGUAACACCAAGCAAAGCAAGCUGCCCGGCAAAGGGGAUUCUGGGUCGAGCGGAAACAACGCAUUGGCUGACAUCACCAUGAAGGAGGCCGUGGAAUUCCUGUCCAACGCGGACGUGAAAUACCAACACGGCGGAGCCUCCUACAUCCAACACAUGACCUUCAGUGACGACAAGGCCAAGGAAGAGGUGCUGAAGCACAACGGCAUCGCUCCGCUGGUGGCGCUGCUGCAGAGCCCCAACGUGACCCUCAGCCAGACGGCCUCGGCCGCCCUGCGCAACCUCUCCUUCAAGAACAACGACAACAAGGAAGAGAUCCAGCGUUGUGGCGGAAUCGCGUCUGCCGUGGCGCUGCUCCAAGAAACCGACUCCGCUGAGAUCCAGAAGCAGCUCACAGGUCUUCUGUGGAAUUUGUCAUCCGCCAACAGCCUGAAGACGGACCUGCUGAGGAGCUCGCUGCCCAUCCUGAUGGAGCGCGUUGUCUUGCCUUACAGCACAAGCCCAGACCAGGGCACAGCAAGCGGGCCGGAUCACGAGUCCUUCUUUCACGCCACCGGCUGUCUGCGAAACCUCAGCAGCGCAAAGCACAGCAACCGGCAGACCAUGAGGAAAUGUCGAGGUUUGGUGGACUCUUUAGUCGCUUACCUUCAAGACUGCCUGGAUGCUGGCAGGACAGAUGAUAAGUGUGCGGAGAACUGCGCGUGCAUCCUGCACAACCUCACCUUCGAGUUGGAGGCCGAGGCCCCGGCGUUGUUCAACCGCAUCACGGCACUGGCCAAGCCUGUCGGCCCGGUGGAGAGUCAGGGCGACGCCGGGCCCAUCAGCUGCUUCAGUCCGCCCAGCAAAGGCUCCGACAGCAAGCGCUACUUCGACUUCCCAGUGGCGGAGGACCCCAACCCUAGUGGGGCCAGCUGGCUCAUCCACUCCAAAACCCUGCAGAACUAUUUGUCCUUACUGGACUCCAGUCAUCGGGAGGAAACCCGGGAAGCCUGCUGCGGAGCUCUGCAGAACCUCACUGCACAGGAUGGCAUCGUGUCCAACGUCAUGAGCCAGAUGAUGGUGCAGAAGCUUGACGGCCUGCAGGUCAUCUCUCCACUUUUGAAGUCAAACAAAGUCACCCUGCAGAGGAACGCGGUGGCCCUGGUACGGAACUUCAGCAAGAACCCCAACCUGCAGGGCAUCUUGGCUCGCAAGGUAUUGCCCGAGUUACUGGGCAUCCUGGGCGCGGGCACCAAGGAGGGCAACGAGUCGGACGACACGCUGGCCAUGGCGUGCCAGACGGCCAACUUCCUGGUAGCCAAGGAGCCCGAGAGCGGCAAGCGCCUGCUGAACGGCGGCUUAAUCAACUUGCUCAACGAGCUCAGCCAUAACAAAUAUUUCCCCAAAUCCAGCAAGGCAGCAUCUGUGUUUCUCUACCAGUUGUGGUCUGACAAGGACAUCCAAAGCCUCCUGAAGAAGCAAGGGAUGAACAAGUCAUCGUUUGUCAAUGACAUCACCGCGGCGGCCCACAAGUCGCUUCAAGUGAUCGACUAGAACGCGGGGCCCCACCCACACCGCGUGCGCUAACAACCUUUCUCAUUUUAUUUUGUGGUUUUUAAACUCCCUUUGUAAUUGAAUUGGUGAGCAAUUGGUUUUGAAAGAAAGUGUCAAAGUUUUAGAGGGGCCAAACACGCUGUUAAUUGACUGUUGGUCAUUGGCCGUAAAGAAAAACACUUCUUUCUCCUACCCUCCUUGUUGAGUGCUUAACUUUUGACCUCAGCUUACCUUUACGAGGUACUUAAGUAUAACAAUUGUGUCAGUUAAUUAGGUACAAAAUGCAAUAAACCUGUCAGUUUUACAAAAUGGAGCAAAUUAUCUUAUUUAUUAGGUACUCAAUCUGGCAGGCUAUCCAGUGAGCAAACUUGUCAGUUAAUUUGUCAAACAUGCUAAACAUUUAUUAAGUACAAAAUUUAGCUAGCAGGUUGGUUAAUUACACAGUAUAUCAAAUGGUGUAAAUUAGUCCACUUAUUAGGUACAACAUGUAGAAAAUUUUUUAUUAAGUACAUAAAUAGUAAACCAAUUUAUUAGACAUUAAAUGCAGCUAAGGUCAGUUUUUUUUUCAGUAAAAUGCAGCAAAUUGGUCCAUUUGAUGCAGAAAAAAUGCAGGAAGUUUGUCACAAAAGAGUAAAUUCGAAAAUGUGUUUGGUGCACAAAUGACUAAAAAAAAAAAAAAAAAGUUUUAUCAGGUGCAAAUUGCUAAACUAGUCUAAUAUUAAUAGUAAUCAUUAAAUUAAGGUUCAAAAUGCAGUGGAUGUGUCACUAUGAGUUACAAAAUGAAAUGAAAUGCUGUCGGAAAUUUAAGUGGUACAAGAUGUAUCACAUUGAACUAUUUGUAAUGAAACUCAUCAAGCUAGUCAAUUGACUACUUAAUUUAAAAAAUGCAGCAAUUAAAUUUAUUUUGAAAUGCAAUAGUCAUUUUAUGAGGUACAAAAUGCAGUUGUCGGGGGCAAACGUCACUAAUUGACUUCUCAUUGGCUGUCAGGUCGCAACUGUCUGGCUUGCGCGAAAAAGAGAAACACGUCUUUCCAUUCUGCCCUCCUGGUCGAUCGCUUAACUUUUGACCUCAGCUUACCUAUGAGGCGCCCGUAAGCUCACGGA